AUGUUGGCAGCAGAAAAACGAAACAUUGCAUAUCCCAAAAAUCGUGGAACAGUUGCUCAGACAACAGAAGUUCCACCUUGUCAGACAGAACAAGUUCCACCAGCUGCCAAUGCCAGUGCUCUCUUGGCACAUGAAAAGCAACACAUUGCCUAUCCAAAAAGUGGGCCAUUCGAAAGCAGAAGAAAUGCCUCAGAUAAUCCAGGAGAUUUGUCUGGCACCGCAGUACCAGUGAAGACUGAUUCUACGAACAACAACAGCCAAGGGCAAACCAGCAAACUUACCACUGUCAAUUCUCCUAUCCUACAAGCUGAAAAAAGAGCUAUCAUAUACCCAAGAGGAGAAACAAACAGCACUACAGGUCAAAGCAAAGCUCGGGACGAAAGGGUACAAAAUGAUGACAAUUUUGGAAUUAUGCCUUUGCCUCGAUUGGAGCGGACUACUGCCAACAGAAGACCCCAAGUACAGCCAGGAGCCUUUCCAAGUGGAGAGUUUCAAGCAACAGAGGAAAAUUUGGAGCCAGCAGAGACACACAUCGAACCCACGACUGCUCAGCCACCUAGGAUCGAACCAGAAAUUGACAAUAGUGGUUUGGCUGUGGCAAACUUGGUUCAAGAUGAAACAAUCCCCCAGGAUCUGCCCCAGGCACAAGAUUACAAUCUGGACAUCAUCAUCAACAACAGAGAAGAAAAGAUGAAGGAUUUCAAAACCAAUGUGCUCUUGGGAGUCAUUGCCUUGUUGGCCAUCACUCUCAUUUUGAUUGCCAUCCUGAUUCCUCAACGUCAAGAGAACAAUGCAGGUCUUGUCCCAACAACCGUACCCAGUGAGUCACCCAGCAGCAACCCAUCUCAGGGACUGUCGUCCUAUUCAGAAUCCUGGCUGUCGCUUUUUCCAGAAUCAACAGUCUCUGCAAUUUUGGAGGACCAAGGAUCUCCCCAGUCGAGGGCGUUUGAAUGGCUUAUGGAAGAGAUCGACAUCCUACACAACCUUACAGAACAGAGAGUUGUGCAACGUUUUGUACUUGCAACAUUUUAUUUUGCCAACAGUGGAGAACAAUGGUCCUUUAGAGACAAUUGGCUAAACCACAGCAUUCAUGAGUGCCUUUGGUAUUCAAGUCUGGAGGAUUAUUAUUUCAUUUUUUGGGAUCCAGCUGGAUAUCUAGAGGGUGGCAUCUUGUAUCAGGGAGAUGGAAUCCUGAAGCACUUUUCGCUGACCUUUAAUGGCCUGAUCGGAUUAGGGAUUCCCCCAGAGCUAUACUUGCUCACAGACCUCAAGAGCUUGGCAUUGGAUGGAUUCAACCUUACCGGCACAAUCCCAGAAGAGCUCUCUCGACUUUCAAAUUUGGAGUUUAUUUCCAUGAAUUUUUGCAGCCUUUAUGGCUCCAUUCAUGAAGCACUCGGCAGUUUGUCAAAACUUAGAGUCGUUUACUUUGGGUUCAAUUCCUUGAUUGGAACUAUUCCAUCAUCCCUGUUUUCCCAUCCAGGCUCAUUGCAAGCCAUUGUUUUGGUAGAAAAUCAGCUGACAGGACCAGUACCAACAGAACUGGGAUUGCUGACUAAUUUGGGGGGUCUGGCACUUGACACCAACUUUUUCACUGGGACAAUUCCCACAGAACUUGGGCGAUUAACUGGGUUAGAGGCCUUGUUGCUGAGUGAACUGAUUCUGAGCGGUACUAUCCCCAAUGAGCUUGCAGCUCUUACAGACAUGAUACUUUUGUACCUGGAUAACUCGGGUUUUAAUGGGACAAUCCCUAGAUGGCUUGACAACAUGACAUCCAUAGACACGUUGACACUGUCGGAAAACUCCUUUACUGGGACUAUCCCAACAGAACUUGGCCUUCUAACAAAGCUAUAUUCCUUGUGGCUUGGUUCGAAUGCUUUGUCGGGCACAAUCCCAAGCGAAUUUGGAAUGUGCGAGCAAGUUGCUGUGUUGACCUUGGAAAUCAAUCACCUAGCAGGAACCAUUCCUACAGAGCUGGGACAGUUUACUGAGGGUUUGUUCCAGUUUUGGCUACAUGACAAUGAUUUGACUGGAACAGUGCCCCUUGAGCUUGGCAAUGUUCCCUUUCCUCCACCAUAUGGUCAGGUCUAUUUGCAUGGAAAUGAUUUUUCUGGUAUUAUCCCUGAGAGCUUGUGUUCUGCCAACAACCUUACUUUUGACUGCAGCAGCCAGCUCUGUGGCUGUGACUUGUGUAUCUAGUUGUUCUGACAAUAGAACAUUUCCGAACCUGGAGGGAGAAAAAAUUGUCUAUGGAGAUGGUCAGCUGCUGGUGUGGCUGAGUGAAGGUCAUUGGUUGCCACUGAGUGAGGCAAACCAAACUGAGGUGAACCAAACUGAACCCUGAACGGAAUGAAUAGAUGGUUGUGUUUGUUAUUCAUGAUUUAUUUAAUUAAUAUAUAUUAUUACU